CGCUUCCGGCCUCGUCCCACCCUCUCCCCUUUCGUCGUAUGUCGUUGGCCGCCCCGUAGCGCACUCAGCUGCCUCUGUACCGGAUCUUCCUCCCGCGCGUGCGCAGUAUCCUGCAGACCCGGAAUUGCUUUUAAAUGAGUGACAGAGUGUCCUGUGUAUGUCCUCGUAUCGCCGUGAGAAGUUCUGAAGUCCUUCAUCUUAGCUGCCGGCUCCCUGGGGUCCACAUCCGCUUCCUGUUACUAUCGUUCUAGAGUCCACGUCCUUCUCUGGGAGUUCUGCCUUCUAACUUGUGGAGACCGCUGCUUAAAUUCCUGCAUUGCCCAACCCCUAAGUCCCUGAUCCACGAAGAGGGGUCACUUCCCAAGACUGAUCUUACGUGAGAAGGAAGCCCAGAGGAAGAGGAAAGCAAGGAGUCAGAAAUGACUCAUUCCGAGGGACGGCUAAUGUUUCAGGAUGUGGCCAUAGACUUCACUCAAGAGGAGUGGGAAUGCCUGGACCCCAGUCAGCGGAAAUUGUACAGGGACGUGAUGGUAGAGAACUACAGGAACCUGGCCUCCUUGGGGCUUCUCUCUAAGGUGGACCUGGUCACCUUUCUGGAGCUAUUGAAGGAUCCCAGGAAUAUGAGGAGAAUGGAGGCAACAGCCAUUUACCCAGCUAUGUCUCCACAGGACACCCAGGAUUUGAUGCCAAAGAAUCCAGCAUUAGAAGAUGUAUUCCGAAAAGUAAACCUAGGAAUGUAUCAAAUAUUUCACCUCAAAAACUUAAAUUUAAUGACGGAUUGGGAAUAUACCAGGGUAAAUGAAAGACAGUUCUUCCCCCAACAGAUAUCUUCUAUCCAUUCCAAGAUGUAUAAUGUUGAUGAUAAUGGAAGAGAUGCAAUCCAACCAUCAUUGUUCAAUACAUAUUGUGGUAUGGUUAAUACACAACAGCUUUCCAUGUAUAAUAAAAUGAGUCAGACCUUAAGUAAGAGCCCCAGCUCCAAUAAUUACAAGAGUAUUUAUGGCGGACUGAGAAGAUAUUCCGGCAAUGAAACUAGGUAUACAUUUGAAGGAGACUCAAACCUUAAGAAACAUCAGGGACCUGAAUCUUCAAACAAGGAUUCAAAAACUAAUAAUAGUAGAAAUACCUUUGAUCAAAUGUCAGGUUUUUCUCUAGAUAAGAGUACUUGUACUGGAGACAGGACUUGUAGUGAAUAUGGUAAGGUUUCUAAUCACUGUUCAGAACUUACUCAACAGGAUGCUGUUCAGAAUCCACAGAAAGAAAACAAGUGUAAGAUAGGUGAGAAAAUAUUUAGUAAGUCAUCCAAUCUAAGUAGACAUAGGAGAAUUCAUACAGGAAGGAAACCUUUCAAAUGUACAGAAUGUUGCAGAGCAUUUAACUGUCACUCACUUCUUACUCAACAUCAGCGAAUUCAUGCUGGAGAGAAACCUUAUAUAUGUAAAGAAUGUAACAAAGCCUUUCGUCGUUCCUCAUUUCUUACUCAACAUCAGAGAAUUCACGCUGGAGAGAAACCUUAUAAAUGUACAGUAUGUGGCAAAGCCUUUACUUACAACUCAAGCCUUAUUAAACAUCAGCAAAUUCAUGCUGGAGAGAAACCUUAUAAAUGUACAGAAUGUAGCAAAGCCUUUACUUACAACUCACUUCUUAUUCAACAUCGGCGAAUUCAUACUGGAGAGAAACCUUAUAAAUGUACAGAAUGUAGCAAAGCCUUUACUUGCAACUCAGACCUUAUUGAACAUCAGCGAAUUCAUACUGGAGAGAAACCUUAUAUAUGUAAAGAAUGUAACAAAGCCUUUCGUCGUUACUCAGUUCUUAUUAAACAUCGGCAAAUUCAUACUGGAGAGAAACCUUAUAAAUGUACAGAAUGUAGCAAAGCCUUUACUUGCAACUCACUUCUUAAUCAACAUCAGCGAAUUCAUACUGGAGAGAAGCCUUAUAAAUGUACAGAAUGUAGCAAAGCCUUUACUUGUAACUCAGACCUUAUUCAACAUCAGCGAAUUCAUACUGGAGAGAAACCUUAUAUAUGUAAAGAAUGUAACAAAGCCUUUCGUCGUUCCUCAUUUCUUUCUGAACAUCAGCGAAUUCAUACUGGAGAGAAACCUUAUAAAUGUACAGUAUGUGACAAAGCCUUUACUUACAACUCACGCCUUAUUAAACAUCAGCGAAUUCAUGCUGGAGAGAAACCUUAUAAAUGUACAGAAUGUAGCAAAGCCUUUACUUAUAACUCAGUUCUUAUUAAACAUCGGCAAAUUCAUACUGGAGAGAAACCUUAUAAAUGUACAGAAUGUACCAAAGCCUUUACUUACAACUCACGCCUUAUUGAACAUCAGCGAAUUCAUGCUGGAGAGAAACCUUAUAAAUGUACAGAAUGUACCAAAGCCUUUUCUUACAACUCACUUCUUACUCAACAUCGGCGAAUUCAUACUGGAGAGAAACCUUAUAAAUGUACAGAUUGUAGCAAAGCCUUUACUUGCAACUCAGACCUUAUUGAACAUCAGCGAAUACAUACUGGAGAGAAACCUUAUAUAUGUAAAGAAUGUAACAAAGCCUUUCGUCGUUCCUCAUUUCUUACUCGACAUCAGAGAAUUCACGCUGGAGAGAAACCUUAUAAAUGUACAGUAUGUGGCAAAGCCUUUACUUACAACUCAAGUCUUAUUAAACAUCGGCAAAUUCAUACUGGAGAAAAACCUUAUAAAUGUACAGAAUGUAGCAAAGCCUUUACUUACAACUCACUUCUUAUUCAACAUCAGCGAAAUCAUACUGGAGAGAAACCUUAUAAAUGUACAGUAUGUGGCAAAGCCUUUACUUACAACUCACGCCUUAUUAAACAUCAGCGAAUUCAUGCUGGAGAGAAACCUUAUAAAUGUACAGAAUGUAGCAAAGCCUUUACUUACAACUCACUUCUUAUUCAACAUCGGUGAAUUCAUACUGGAGAGAAACCUUAUAAAUGUACAGAAU